CUGCCACUUUCCCUUGUCCUUGCUGUCCUUUCUUUCUCUCCUGUCUAUGGACCAGGAGCUGCCUGAUUGUCCGCUCGCCCGUUCAGCGCACCGUCUGUCCCUGCUGCCUCCCUUCUUGCCUCCCCCUCUGGGCCCCUCCCCCUUUCCGACCAGGUGUUUACCGCCCGAUUCGAGCCACUGAGUCCGACUCCCCUCACAUCAUCUCAUCUUAUCACAUCCACCAUGGCCACCCCGGUAGCGGCCCCCGAAGACCAGAGUCGUCUCCUCGAGGAGGCAUUGGGAGUCGUGCGGCAACAGUCGCAGAUGAUGCGAAAAUGCCUCGAGACGCCCGGAAAAUUAAUGGAUGCGUUGAAAUGCGGGUCCACCUUGGUCUCCGAGCUCCGAACCCCUAGCCUCGGCCCGAAGCAAUACUAUGAACUGUACAUGGCCGUCUUCGAUGCCCUGCGACAUCUCUCUGUCUACCUCAAAGAAAACCACCCGGUCAAUCACCUGGCAGACCUGUACGAACUCGUUCAAUAUGCCGGAAACAUUAUCCCCCGACUCUAUCUCAUGAUCACCGUUGGUACGGUAUACAUGUCCGUGGAGGAUGCCCCGGUUAAAGAGAUCAUGAAGGACAUGAUGGAAAUGAGUCGCGGCGUGCAGCAUCCCAUUCGCGGGUUGUUCCUGCGGUACUACCUGUCCGGACAAGCUAGGGAUCAUCUGCCUACGGGCUCCGGAGAUGGUCCGGAGGGCAACUUGCAGGAUUCGAUCAACUUCGUUCUGACGAAUUUCGUCGAGAUGAACAAGCUGUGGGUGAGACUCCAGCACCAGGGCCCUUCGCGCGAGCGAGAGAAGCGGAUGCAGGAGCGCCGGGAGCUCGAAUUGCUUGUUGGUAGCAACGUCGUGCGACUCAGUCAGUUGGUCGAUUUGGAGGGGUACAAGUCCGGUAUACUACAGGCGCUGCUGGAGCAGGUCGUUCAAUGCCGGGAUGUGUUGGCGCAGGAGUAUCUUCUCGAAGUGAUCACCAAGGUGUUCCCCGAUGAGUUCCACCUGCACACUCUUGAUCUCCUGCUCUCCGCAAUUUCUCGUCUCAACCCUCAUGUGGAUCUAAAGAAGAUCGUCAUCGGAUUGAUGGAUCGUUUGUCGGCUUAUGCAGCUCGUGAGACCGAAUCGUCCGUUGACCCAGAUGCAAGGAAACAGAGGGAAGAGGAUGCUGUCACAAAGCUUCUCGGGAACCUUAAGAUAUCAGAAGAGAAAAAGGAGGACUCAACUGAAGAAGCAGCCCAGGAGAAUGGCGCCGAGCAACCCUCGAAAGACAACGCCGAAACUACGACGGAUGGCGAGUCCAAGGCCAAUGGCGACAGUAAGGCUGGCAUUCCUGUCGAUGUUAAGUUGUACGACAUCUUCUAUGAGCAAGUGGUCAACCUGAUCAAGAGCCGCGGCCUCCCUAUCCAAGACACCAUGGCGCUUCUAGUUUCGCUCGUCAAUUUGGCACUCAACACCUACCCGGAUCGCCUCGAAUUUGUCGACCAGAUCCUUGACUUUGCGACCCGGGAAACUGCGGCGUAUACUGAUCACGCCGACCUGCAUUCCGCCCCAACACAGCAAAACCUCUUGCACCUCCUCACUGCACCUCUCCGUUCCUACGCCUCCAUCUUCACAGCCCUAGCCUUGCCACACUACAUCCCGCUUCUGACUUCUCAAUCAUACACUACCCGGCGAUCUGUCGCAGGCGAAAUCGCUCGCAAUCUUCUCAAGAACCGAACUUUCAUCGCAACAACCGAGAAUCUUGAUCGUGUCCUGCAAGCCCUGAGGGUUCUGAUCAAGGAGGGCACACAGCAAUCCAUGGGCUAUCCUGGGCUGCAGUCUCAGCGACGGGGGGAAACGGACGAAACCAUCGAAGAGCAAGGAUGGCUUGCCCGGCUGGUUCACCUGGUCCAGGCACCGGAGAACGACACUCAAUUGAAGCUACUUCAAGCCACCCGGAAGGCCUACCUCGACGGCAAUGAGCGGAUCCGAUACACAACGCCAGCCCUGGUUACAGCUUCGAUACGUCUGGCACGCAACCUCAAGGCCCGCGAGCACUACGAUGACAACUGGCAGUCUCAGUCCUCAGCGCUCUACCGGUUCAUGCACCAGUGUGUCAACAACCUUUACCAGCGUGUGAACCCCGGCUGCGCUGAUCUGUCCCUGCGCCUGUUCGUGAUGUGCGGAGAAGUAGCAGACCAAACAGGCUUUGAGGAGUUCAGCUACGAAUUCUUUGCCCAAGCCUUUACCAUCUAUGAAGACUCCAUCAGCGACUCGCGUGCUCAGUUCCAGGCUGUCUGUGUCAUUGCGGGAGCCCUCCACGGUACCCGCGGCUUCUCCAAGGAGAACUACGAUACCCUCAUCACCAAGGCCGCCCUGCACGGAAGCAAGCUACUCAAGAAGCCUGACCAAUGUCGCGCUGUCUACCUAGCCAGCCACCUCUGGUGGGUUGUUGAGAAUCCACAACGAGGCGAGGAAGAUCCCAAGAACCUUUACCGCGACGGCAAACGGGUCUUGGAAUGCCUGCAACGUGCCCUCCGCGUCGCAGACGCCUGCAUGGACACCGCAGUCUCCGUGGAACUCUUCGUCGAGAUCCUCAACCGCUACGUAUACUAUUUCGACCAACAGAAUGAAACGGUCACAACCAAGUACCUCAAUGGACUCAUCGAGCUCAUCCACUCGAACUUGCAGACCGACGAAAACGAGCCCAACCCUAGCCUGGAGGGCCCGAAGCGUCAUUUCCAGCGCACACUGGAUUACAUCCGAACCCGGGAUUUCGAAGGUGUAAUCACCGAUCCCAGACAGUGAAUGCAUGACCAACCCUCCCCCGUAUGAAUGAGCGAUGUUUUCAACUCUUGUACCCCACACUUGAUUCUUUUUCAUUUCCCAAUUUCUUCAAGCCUUGUGCGUGUAAGAUUCCCUUUCCUUCCUUCCCCUUUUCCGUUUCCUUACGACCCCCUUACCCGUCUUGUUCUACCUUCUUGAAUCGAGUAUAUCAACCAGUGUAUCAUCAUCAUACCCUGUCUCUUUCUUUCUCCUUUUUCCAAGUUAUUAGGGGGGAAUUUGAACUCCGAUAGAAAGUUUAUCCAUUUUAUUCUCGUCUUCCUGAUUUGACCCUCCGACCUAGCAACUACCAUUUGACACUUAGCUUAGAGCCAACCGCUAGGAGAGAAGCGUAGACAAAAAAGCGGACCCAAAAGGAUCAAUCCAUCUCAGUAUCAGAUAGGAAAACCAUAUAUCAUAUCGUG